AUAUGCAGGUUCUGUCAGUUGCCAUCCGCACGCUUGGCGCGAAAGGCGCUUUGUCGUUAUAACUUUUUUUAUUUUAAUAAUUGUUGUGUAAAUCAAGGAAAAAACACUUAAUUAUGAAGUGGUACAUCUGUUUGCUGGCGCUUUUAUUGCCAAGUGCCGUGUUGACCCAGGAAGAAGGUCUAGACCCUGCGGACACGAAAUGGCUGAACCAAGUCCUUGGGAUGCCGUCAGAAGCUACCACCACCAGUACAACCGCAGCCCCAUCACAGAAUACAGUUCUGGAUCCAGUUCUAGACCCGGACUUCAAUGAAAGUGCUGUUUGCACGACAGAAAAUGGCGAGAGUGGAAUCUGUGUCUUAUUGCAGCAAUGUAAAGAUGGAGUCAUAGACAACACAACACUCAUCGACUUAAGGAUUGGAUCAUGCCCCCAUUACUUACAAACUUGCUGCAAACGGUCAGCAACUGCCAGAGUACAGCCGCCUCCCGCUGUGACUGGUGGAUGCGGCUGGAGCAACCCUGGUGCAGGCAUCUUCCGUACUAAGGACUCUGAAAACAUCAACAGGAAGACAUAUGCAGACUAUGGAGAAUAUCCUUGGAUGGUUGCUGUGAUGAGAACGACGAACAACGUGGAGGCCGUAGACUUUAAGCAGUCCGAUUAUAUCGGAGGUGGCGCCAUCAUCCAUCCCUCGGUGGUCAUCACCAUCGCCCACAAAGUAGAAUGGCAAAGCCCCAGCCAGCUGAAAUGUCGCGCUGGCGAAUGGGACACGCAGACAACUCUCGAGUUGUAUACGACACAAGAACGCUUUGUUACAAAGAAAAUCAUCCACGAGGAAUUCUACAAGGUUCCGGCGUACAACGACGUGGCUCUGUUGAUUCUGUCGAGCCCCUUCAAGUUAGAGGAUGCGCCGCACAUCGGUGUCGCGUGUCUCGCCCCCCGCCUCCCCGCCCCUGCCACCACCUGUUACAGCAUGGGCUGGGGUAAAGAAUCGCAGCAGAAAACUGUCAACGCCGUCAUACUGAAAAAGGUGGAACUAGGGUACGUGGAGGCAGCACAAUGCCUGACAGCUCUGCGGCGCACCCGGCUAGGUCCGCGUUACUCUCUGCACAGCUCUCACCUGUGUGCAGGAGGUGUGGCCGGAGUUGAUACAUGCAAAGGUGACGGUGGCUCUCCACUCGUCUGCCCAAUACAGGAGGGUCCGGAUUCAAACCGAUAUGCAGUAUACGGAUUGGUUGCGUUUGGCAUUGACUGCGGUAAACCCAUACCAGCUGUUUACGCUAAUGUACCUAAAUUAUACGCCUGGGUUGACUCCAAAAUGGCUGCUGAAGGAUUUGAUACAACUACAUACAAAUAUUAAUCAAUACUAAAUU